AUGACGCCGCGGCCUCUCACCUCACCACCCGGAAGCGAAGCCGGUUCCCUCCUCCUUUUCGGUUGUCCCUUUUUUAUUAAAUCAUUGCCAUUUCUUGACGUUUUUGAACGCGGGACGGGCCCAGCGGCGGCGCGGAGUCGCAAACCGAGGCGGGACGGCGAGGGGAGCGCUUUACGGCAGGACGUAACGGUGAAGGAAAGCGCGCCGCGUCCCUCCGCGCUUUGCGACAGAGCGAAGCGCGGGAGUGAGGGAGGAUCCAGCCCCAGGACAAGGCCACAGCACCAUGUCUCUGCCCCAUGGGAGCUGUCACCCUCUCCAGUGAUGAACAUCUCAGCAAGACUCUCGGCCACCCGCGGGGUCAGGAUGCUGCCCCAGCGCCUCUUCUCCCGGGCCCCAGAGGACAUGUCAUUGCAGAGGAUCCGGAAGGUUCUGUGCGUGGCUGAGAAGAACGACGCUGCCCGGGGGAUUGCGGAUCUGCUCUCCAACAGCAGGAUGCGGCGGCGAGAGGGGUUUUCCAAGUUCAACAAGAUCUACGAAUACGACUACCAGAUGUUUGGCCAGAGCGUGACUAUGGUGAUGACGUCCGUGUCUGGACACUUACUGGCUCAUGAUUUUAAGCUGCCGUUUCGCAAAUGGCACAGCUGCAACCCUCUGGCUCUUUUUGAUGCUGAAAUUGAGAAGUAUUGCCCUGAAAAUUACUUGGAUAUCAAGAGAACCCUGGAACGAGAAGUCCAGCAGUGCCAAGCUCUGGUGAUCUGGACCGACUGCGAUCGAGAGGGGGAGAACAUCGGCUUUGAGAUCAUUCACGUUUGCAAAGCUGUAAAGCCAAACCUCCAGGUUUUCCGAGCCCGUUUUUCAGAGAUCACGCUUCACGCUGUCAGAACAGCCUGCGAGAACCUCACCCAACCAGAUCAAAAGACAAGCGAUGCUGUUGAUGUCCGGCAGGAGCUGGACCUCAGAAUUGGUGCUGCCUUCACCAGAUUCCAGACACUGCGUCUCCGGAAGAUCUUCCCUGAUAUUUUAGCAGAUCAGCUGAUAAGCUACGGCAGCUGCCAGUUCCCAACGCUGGGGUUUGUAGUCGAACGCUUUAAAGCUAUCCAGGCCUUUGUUCCUGAAGCCUUCUAUAAAAUAAAAGUGACACACGAUCACGAGGACGGCAGCGUGGUCUUCAACUGGAAAAGAAACCGGCUCUUUAAUCACACAGCGUGCCUGGUCCUUUACCAGAUAUGUAUGGAGGAUCCGGUAGCGACUGUUGUUGAGGUUGGGAGCAAGCCAAAGAGCAAAUGGAGGCCCCUGCCCCUGGACACUGUGGAACUUGAAAAGUUGGCUUCCCGCAAACUGAAAAUAAACGCGAAAGAAACCAUGAGAAUAGCAGAAAAACUCUAUACUCAAGGGUUCAUUAGCUACCCCCGAACUGAGACCAACAUUUUCCCCAAGGAGCUGAACCUCUCGGCUUUAGUGCAACAGCAGACGCAGGACCCAAACUGGGGAGCGUUUGCACAGAGGAUUUUGGAUCAGGGUGGGCCAACUCCUCGGCGUGGAACCAAAUCAGACCAGGCUCACCCUCCCAUUCACCCCACAAAAUAUGCUGCAAACCUCCAGGGCAGCGAGCAGAGACUCUAUGAAUUCAUUGUGCGCCAUUUUUUGGCUUGCUGCUCUCAGGAUGCCAAGGGACAGGAAACAACUGUAGAGAUCGACAUUGCUAAUGAGCGAUUCAUUGCUCAAGGACUAAUGAUCCUGGCCCGAAAUUAUCUGGAAGUCUAUCCUUACGAGAAGUGGAGUGAUAAGGUUAUCCCACUGUAUCAGAAAGGGUCUCGCUUUCAGCCCACUACGGUGGAGAUGGUGGAUGGGGAAACCAGCCCUCCAUUGCUCCUCACGGAAGCGGAUCUGAUUGCUCUCAUGGAGAAACAUGGCAUUGGGACUGAUGCCACUCACGCUGAGCACAUCGAGACGAUUAAGACGCGGAUGUACGUGGGCCUUACAGCAGAUCAACGGUUCCUGCCAGGCCACCUGGGCAUGGGGCUGGUUGAAGGCUACGAUUCCAUGGGCUACGAGAUGUCCAAGCCUGACCUUCGAGCUGAGCUGGAGGCUGAUCUGAAACUCAUCUGUGAAGGGAAGAAAGACAAAUCAGUAGUGUUGCAGCAGCAGGUCCAAAAGUACAAGCAAGUCUUCAUCGAAGCUGUGGCCAGAGCCAACAAGUUGGACCAGGCCCUUGCUCAGUAUUUUGGAGAAGCCGCAGAAAUUGCAGAGCAAGAGGAGGUCUACCCAGCAAUGCCUGUUUCCGUUCGGAAGUGUCCACAGUGCAACAACGACAUGGUCCUGAAGACCAGAAAGAACGGCGGGUUCUAUCUCAGCUGCAUGGGCUACCCAGCGUGUAAAACUGCGGUCUGGUUUCCCGAUUUUGUGCUGGACGUGGCCAGGGAUGAGAGCGUCUGUGCUGUGUGUAAACCGCAUCCAGUUCACAGGCUGAAGUUUAAAUUCAAGAGAGGCAGCGUUCCACCCGUGAUGCCCCUGGAGUUUGUUGGUUGCAUUGGGGGCUGCGACGAGAUGCUAAAAGAGCUCUUGGACCUGAAGUAUUUACACAGGUCGUCCCAACCCAUGUCAGCAUCCAACCAGCAAGCAAACCGCUUGCAGGUCAGCAACUCCAGCAGGGCUGGCGGUGACAACCGGCACACAAGGGGGACCACAAACCUUGCAGCAGGACAUCUGCUCUCCUUGAGCUCCACGAGAACACCCAGACCUGCUCCUUCAGCCGCUCCAGACGACGGGAACAAUGCCGUGGUGUGCAACUGCGGGAACGAAGCCCUGCUCCUGACUGUGCGCAAGGAAGGGCCCAACCAAGGCCGGCAGUUUUACAAAUGCAGCGCCAGCACCUGCAACUUUUUUCUUUGGGCUGAUCAGCACUCAGAGGACAGAAGCGAGGUGGCUCCGCGGGGCUCUGCGCUUCCCCGGCCCUUUGCGGGAAGGGGCCCAGCAGAAUUCCAGCGCCCAGGAGGAGGGAGAGACCCAGGGCUCUUUGGAAGCAACAGCUCUGGUUCAAGAGGCGGCACGGUCUGCAAGUGCGACCAGCCAGCCAUCACACGCACCGUCCAGAAGGAUGGGCCCAACAAGGGGCGGCAGUUCCACACCUGCUCCAAACCCCGAGAGCAGCAGUGUGGCUUCUUCCAGUGGGCAGACGAAAACGUGGCGCCAGGGCCGUCUGGAGAUGUCUCUUUGAAUGACUUUGGCAGCAGUGGAUACUCCAGAUGGUUGGGAAGUAAAACCAAGAGACCAAGUGGUCUCUCCUCAGGAGCUACUGCCAAGAAACCACGGACCUGUAGCGUUUGUCACCAGUCCGGCCACACAAGGAAAACCUGUCCCCAAAAUCACUGAGCCUUGGCAGACACAUCUCUGGGGAGCCUGAAAGGUCCAGGGUCAUGAGCUGCUACAGGAGCAACUGCCGCUGAAAGGAACUGGAGUUGAGAAACGAGCCUGGCGAAUGGUUUCUGGAAGGGCAGGUUGCAGGACGCUGCUGCCAAGGGAGACCAUCCUCCUGCAGGAGUUCCAUGCCUGGGCAGUGAGGGUUCCACCAGCUCUGAAAGGUGGUUCUGCUGCUGCUGUCAGCCUUUGUUUUCAGCUGCUUUUCUGCUGAGCAGAUUGGGAUAGUCUAAACAUUUCAAAGAAGCGUUUGGAAACUGAAUCCGCAGAGAAAACAGCGCUGGAGCUUGUCCACCUGCAGCUCCCACCACGCUGGCAUUUCUACACAUCUGUUUUAGCCGAUGAAGAGCUGGGCCAUAGCUGCCAGGACAGACACCGCGGCUGCUUCUUGCCUCUUCUCAUUCCCAACCUUCCACAGUGUGGAAUUUUAUUUUAAGUUCCCUUCCAAGUUGACGUCACCUGAGCAACAUUCCCAUUUCUUUCUUGUCCCCGUGCCAUACCACUUACCUUGGUUGUCCCCAGCCGGGUAGGAUGGCCAGGUGCGGAGAAGCAGGAUCUGGAAUCUCAGCUGCAGGGCUCAGAAAAAGCCUUCAGUUUAGGCAGCUCCUGAAUUUGAAGCUGAGUUCUUCCUCAAACCUUGAGAUGUGCCUCUGUGAUGCUGCUAGCUAAUGGAAGUUAUUUUUGUCAAUAAGUUUCUUAUUAAACGAUUAUUUAAUUUUCA